AGAGAGUGUUCAUGUUCCGAGAUGAGAUCAUCCAUUUAAGGUAAUGAAGUUACGUAAGAAAUUCGUUUUGCGAGAUAUCAUGCGAGUUGUCGACAAAGAUUCUUAAAUACAUUUGAUAUUCGAAAAUUAAUGAUAUCGUACUUUCCGCAUUACUUUUCCAAACUACUCUGUGCCUCUUGAAGAGGUACUGGUUGGUUUUAAAAAAUAAAGAAAAGUAGAGGCUCUUGCAUGCAAGGCGUACUGGUUGUUGUGCAGUUUGACACUAAAAAGAUCUUUAAUUAUUUUCUACUAACAAUUCAUAUCCUUAACAAUGGAUCUCAAUAAUCCAAUUAAUAUAUUUGCCGUUCAAGAUAAUAGUAGUAUAAUAAGCCAGACUAUAAUUGAUCAUGUGAUUCCAUUGGAAGAAGAAUAUAGUGUGGAUUUUAAUGUAGAAAAAGAUGAAGACAAAAAAGCAAUGAUAGCAAUGAAGAAUUUAAGUAAAUGUGGUAGCAGCAUUGCAGUUGAAAAUGCUUUGGUACACAAUAUCAUUAUGGUUCCUCCGAUUCUUCAGGUAGAAGAAUCUUUACUAUCUCUUGGUAGUCAUGGCAAUGUCGAUGGAGUUUUCUACUGCCUUUUAAUUAAAGUUAAUGCUUUAGGAAAAGAAACUUAUUUGGCUAGAUAUUUUGAGUUUGGCAGUUUUACUGCAUACUUUGAUAAUAUUGCACAUGGAAAGCUGAAAAAAGAUUUAAUGGUUGAUGAAAUUCUUCCAUAUUGUGUAUUUACAAUAAAGGAUGUUGAUAUGGAACUUGCAUUAAAAAAAGAAACUUUUGGACACAGAACUAAGAGUGGUAGCAAAAGUCGUAUUCACAAAAGCAGAACUUUUAAUCGUUUGAUAUAUGAGUGCAAAGGUGGCCUAAAUGAGAGUUUGAAAAAACUAAUAAUUGAGCUUGAUAAAAACAAUUUUUGCGUUUGCUACCAUCUAAUUGCUGCGUGUCUUCUUAAAGACCAAUUGUGGGAGGGUGUUAAUCAAGGAAACAAAAAGUAUUUCAUUUGCCAACCUUCAGAAAAAGCAGAAGAAUGGGAGACUUCGCUUAUGCUUCACCGAAGUAACCCCCAGGGAGCUUCAAGGUAUGGAAAACUUUGGACUUCUUUAAUAGAAAACCCAUCAAUAAAAGACCAAUUCAGAAUUCUGUCAGAUCUUCCUAACCAUCAUAAAUGGAUGUGGGAUAAACUUGUUAAAGGUGUAAAAUAUGAACAGAAGUUUUCAAAUUCAUGCAGAUAUUUUCCUGGUUCACCCAGAAACAGAAUUCUUCAAGCCUCUUUUUAUCGAGUUACCUCUGAUAACAUUAUUGUAUCCAUUUUAAGAAAUGUUUUUGGUGUUAAAGAGACAGUUGUAUAUCCAUCUAGAAAAGAAAACUUAUCUCUAAUAGUGUCAAAAGCAAAAAAGAGUAGGAUAUCUAAAGAAAGUUUUCUUGACCAAGAGUUUCAAUAUAAUGAUUUGCAUUGUGGAAAAAAAGUAGUUACAAACAAUAUUGGCAUCACAGAUUCUAUUAAUGAGGUUAACUUGGUUCAGCAUUUAAGUAAAAGAAACAGUCUCUAUGAAUACUUUUGUGCUGAACUUUUUAGUCAUGGCGUUCUUUGUUGGCGUGUUCGAAAACCGUCUCUUAGUAUAUGUGUUAUGAACAACUACAAUCACGAGAACGGGAACUUUCAAGAUAAAGAAUUUGUUCAUGUAAAAGCUGAAACAAUGUGUUCUACUACAAUAUACAACUGCUCCUGUAAAACAUUCUCAUCAUGUGUUUUUUUUCAAUCAGAAAAUUUGACCAAUGUAAAUAAUUGUUGUCAUUGUCGUCUGUUAAACCAGCUAAUGCAAAUGCUUGAUAAUCCUGAUUUCAUCCCAGAAAAUAGUUUAUUAAACAAAAAAAAACUUAUGGAUAGUUUAAUCUAUCUAAAAUCAAAUGUUUUUAAGUUAACUUCAAAAUCGGGAGUUGAAAGAUUUUCGGUAGUUGCUGAUUCAUGUUCUUUUGUUACAGUUUUUGAAAUUUCAAAAUCAUCUCGCAAAGUAAUAAAAUGUCAUGAUUCAUUAUGUCAAAUAUCUGAAGGAAGUACUCGUCAAAUUAAUAAUCUACACAAUGGUUGCUUAUGUCCACAUCUUAAAGUCUUUAGAGAAUAUUUUUAUCUUGUUGAAAACACAGUAGAAUCAUUUUGUAAUGACAAUGAUAAAGUGAUCUCUUUUGAUUCUGUGUUAGAGGAUAAUCUACCAAGGGAAAAGUGGGAAGAUGUUUUUGAUGUAGCAUCUGGUUUGUGGACAUUUGGAAUUAAUGCCCCAAGUAAAAAAACUGAAAAAUGAAAUAUCAGUGCAAGAGUGUAAAUAAUCUCCUACUUCUAUUCAAAAAUUUAAUUUAGCGUGACGUUGUUUAUGGACAGCCCCUAAACUAUAUAUUGUUAAGGUGCUGUAGGAAGUCCUAACCUUGGAUUACCAGCCUAAUGCUAAAACCACUUAAAUCGUUAGAUCUGCACUUUUAAAAAUUUUUUCAACGUUAACGAAAUGAUGGAAACUGUUUCACCGAUGCAUGGUAUGUGUUUUACUAUAUUAGAUGAUAUUUUCCAUAGGGAAAUGUUAAUAUAAUGUUAAUAUAACUCUCUCGAACAAAAAUACAUUUCAUACAUGAAAGAAUCUUAUGGAAUUCAAAUUAUAUUUACAAUUUCGAAUGUUGAAUUUUGUGCCACUCGAUGGGUAACACAAAUAUUCUUUAAAAUUGAUCCUUGGAAACCAGUCCUUGGUGUGAGACUUUUCAAUUGUAUUAAAAGUGUAGGCAUUAUCAGGAGGGAACAAAAUGAAAUUGCCACACUCUGAUCGCCAUAUAGACGAAAUUGGAGUGGUGUAGAAAGUUAAAUACAUUUAAAUGAACAUAACAUUUAAAAAAAAAAAAAAAAGCGAUAAAUAUAUUUGUAUAAUUCUCAUUUGACAUUAUAUUGUAAUUAUUUUGCUUAAAAAUUUUUUAAAUAUGUUUAAUAUUUAUGGCAUCGUGGAGCGCUUUUUAGAGAUAAUUAUAUGUGGUCUUCUGCAAGUUUUCCGCGUGCUUUUUUCAGUGUUUGAGUAAAUUUAUAGUUUUUUUAAAACCACUUUGUAAAGUUUUGUUAUUAUCGAUAUAUUUACUAAUUUUUAUUAAUUAAAUACAAAGUUGUAAUGUUAAGGAACAAAAAAUUAACUUUAAAAAAAAAUUAAUUUCCUCUGUUCAAUAUUUGAUUCAGGUAACUUUACUGUCAAACAACUACAACAGAUUUUGCACUAAAUUGAACUCUGUCCAAUAUUUGAUUCACGUAAGUUUACUGUCAACCAACUACAACAAUAGCACUAAAUUGAACGAUUUGUAAUGAUUGUAAAAAUUUAACCAAUCCUGUUGAACGAAAAAUAUUAGCAUCAUUUAACACAACUGAAACACCCCUUAUUUAAACAUUCGUUUGUUGGCGAUAUCAAAGACUUAUGCCACUUUCGGAUGCUAAACUUUCAAAACUUAAUUCAAAAUAAAAAGAAGAUAAAAAUAGCACUUUCUAAAAGUAAAAUUCCCUCCGAAGUUGAACAAACUUUUAAACAUGCAAUAGAGUGCUGGAAUGCGAAAGAGCAAAGAGGAACUUUUAAACAAAUUCUGAAGGAAAAAAUUUUUGAGUAAAAAUCACGAGAAAUAA